ACCAUGCGCUUCCGCGCAUUCGAUGAAUUGUGCAAUCGCGUCCUUUUCCUGCGCUUGAGCGGACAGUCACCUCCAAUGCUGGUGUAUCGCGCGAAGCCUGCGAACAACGGCGCGGUCUUGCUGCUGUUCCCAGGCGCGGCUCACAUCGACGUUUGCCCGGCCGAGCUGCCGCUCGCGGAGGGGCCCGCCGGUGGUGGGGGGCCGUCGCCGGCGGUGCCGCCGCAGACUGGGCCCGCGCGCCAGGGCGCGAAGGAUGCAAUCGAGCAGCGGUUGGCCGAAGUGCAGCGCAACCUUUCGACUGCCCGCGACCCGUCGGAGAUUGCGCGCUUGAGCCAGGCCGCGGCGGUGCUGAUUCAGGACAGG